AACAGUCGCAACUUGUUUCCGGAUGCCCCGUUCAAUCUUAGCGGGAAAAUCCACCACUCUCUGCGCAGAUGAAUCAAUGUUCCGAAGGGCCCCGCUGGGAUGUUUCGUGAUGGGGACGGUCCAUAGCAGAGCUAUAAGGAAUCACCUUCGAUCUCGUGAGCGGCGGAGACGCGCGUGGAGGAGAGCAGUUUGGCCGCACUCAAUAUGGCGGCGCGAGCGUCCGAGGUAGCCCCGGGAGGCUCUUCCUAGGCGGGCGAGGCGCGCGCGGGGGUGGCGCCUGGAGCCGCCUGGCCAUGGCUUCCUCGAACCCGUGGGAUCCCGUGCAGCCCACGGCGGCGGGACUGAUGCUGGCGCGGGGUCUCUCCGCGGGAGUGGUGUCUCAGAGGACUCUAGAUAUAUGUGGAAAACCAUCUGCUUGUUUUGCUCAUUUCUCAGAGGCAGAACAAAUUGCUGAUCUCCAAGCUGAAGUCAGCCGGAUUAAUCUGGAGACAGAAGCCCUACAAAUGGAAAAAGAUACAGCAGACAUUAUUCAUCCAUUUUAUCUUACUCAGAAGUGCCAGGCUUUGCAAGCAAUGAACAGGCACCUGGAUGCAGUGCUGAAGGAUAAAAGAGCUCUGAGGCAGAGGCUGGUAAAACCACUGUGUCGAGAAAGUCUGCCCAUAGAAGCUGCCUUCCACAGAGAUGUGGUAGAAUUGUUGGCACUGGCAGUAGCUUUUAUUGAAAAAUUAGAAACCCACUUACUUACAGUAAGAAGCAUUCCUCAAAUACCUGAAAACAUUAAAAACAUGAGUAGUGCAUUAGCAAAGAUGGACUUAUUGGUAACAGAGACAGAAGAACUGGCAGAACAAAUCUUGGAGUGGAGAGAGAAACAAAAAGGAAUCUUUGAGAAUUCACAGCUGACUGCUGGAUUAGAUUCUUCAUUGAAAAGUAUACGAUAGUGCAUUUAUUUUUCUCUUUUCCCAUUCCAAGACCGGCUAGCAAUUUUGUGGGAUUAAUAAAAUACACAUGCAUUUUAUUCUUGCUUUCAGAUUUAUAACCAUUUGCAUCUAGGUUCUGAAAUGAAUAUUUAUAUAUGGAACUAGUGUUGUAUGAAAACUGGUGACAGAUGUUAAAUAACUUCCUGAGAGUCUCUCUUAAGUGCCUGAGGAAUGUUUUAAUGAAAGGGUGUAAUAACACUGUCUUAAAUAACAUCUCUUUUAUGUAUAUAUGUCAUUUAUAUCAAGCAAAUAAAUUAAAUU